AUGCCUUCUGCACACACUUCUUCCCCACGACACGUCGCUGGCACCCCGGCCGCCAACAUCCUCUUCUUCCUCAUCGCCUUCCGCCUUAUCAAUGCGCUCACGAUUCGCACAUUCUUCCAGCCCGAUGAAUUCUUCCAAUCUCUGGAGCCGGCAUGGCAGAUCGCCUUUGGAACAGGUGUGGACAAUAAAGACCAGGGCGCUUGGAUGACAUGGGAAUGGAAACACCAACUUCGAUCCUCCCUCCACCCUCUCCUUUUUGCUGCAAUUUACAAAGUGACCGAUUCAAUUGCGUCCGUUUUAUGUGCACCCUCCACGCGCGCCGAACUUCUCAUAGCUGCCCCGAAAACCGUACAGGCCGUUUUGUCGGCGUUGGGCGACUUCUAUACCUGGAGACUUGCAAGUCGCAUCUAUGGCGAGGAUUCUCGUGGCGCAUGGGCGGCGUUGAUCGCUACCAUCAUUAACCCUUGGCAAUGGUUCUGCUCGACGAGAACUUUAUCCAACUGCCUUGAAACAACGGUUACUAUUGUCGCAUUGAAUAAGUGGCCGUGGCAAUGGUCAGCUGGCUCGCCUGCUGACUGUCAUGCCGGAGAGAAGGCCAAAACUCAGGCUCGCCAAGUGCUACCGGGACUUCGCCAAUGCCUGUCAUUGGCGGCCGUCGCUUGUAUUCUUCGCCCAACUAACAUCAUAAUUUGGAUGACCUUGGCUGGACUCGCUUGGCUUCAGGUCUCCUGGAAUCAGCGUACUGUUCUUGUUCGAGAGGUUUUGCUUUGUGGGUCUAUGAUAUUAGGUAUAUCGGCCGUGGCAGACCGAUUGUUCUACGGGAUUUGGACAUUUCCUCCCCUGCGCUUUCUAUACUUCAAUAUCACACAGUCACUAGCAGUGUUUUAUGGGCGUAACAAUUGGCAUUAUUACGUGACGGAGGGCUACCCACUUUUGCUCACCACAUUGCUUCCAUUUGCUGUCUCGGGUCUAUACCUUACAAUGACCACCCGGGUCUCAGUAUCCUCACAUUCGGAGAAAGUACAAGCUGCGACCCGAGUACACUUGGCUACAGUAUGUAUCUUGAUGCCAUGUGUGCUAUCCCUUAUAUCGCACAAGGAAGUCCGCUUCAUCUACCCUCUGCUCCCAUCUCUCCACAUCCUGGCCGCACCCCGUUUAGUCCAAUUCUUUUGGCCAGCCCUCAUUUUCAAAUCCCAGACUCCUAAGAGACUCACUCUUCUCUUUAUUCUCCUGGUCAAUGGGACUAUCGCGAUAUAUACGUCUGUGUACCAUGCCUCUGGCCCACUGAAUGUGCUUAGCUACCUCCGUGGCCAAUAUGAGGUUCAUUCAUUGCCAAAUAAGAAUCAAUUUGGUCUCGAAGCCAGAGUUACAGCCGGGUUUCUAAUGCCCUGUCACAGCACCCCUUGGCGGUCUCAUCUGGUCCACCCUAUUCAUGCAUGGGCCCUCUCCUGUGAACCUCCAGUCGACCUUGAUGAGACACAAAAGGCUGUCUAUCGUGAUGAAGCCGACCAGUUCUACGAUGACCCAACCCAUUUCCUACAAGAGAAUAUGGCUGGCGGGUUGCGCUACCUACCUCGCCAACCAAGCUACGUGACUGGAUUCCAAUCUGCGAGUCAAGGUCUCCAUGAGUGGCCCGAUUACCUCAUCUUCUUCGCCCAGCUGGAGCCAACGAUGCAUAGCCUGGUCCGGGGCUCUUAUGCUGAAUGCUGGCGUACCUGGAAUACAGCCUGGCAUGAUGACUGGCGACGCCGCGGGGAUAUUGUUGUCUGGUGCCUCGACCCAACUGAGCAGGAUGUGUGGCGUUCGCAAAAAGAAACAAGUCUAGACCAAAGCCACUGGACCUCCUUUGGUCUAGACAUUCUUCCAUCAUUUCCAGACUAUUCCUCAUUUUCUUUCGCGUCCCUACGGGACUUUGCUGGGUCCGGUUUCUCGUCAAGCUCCUGGCCUUGGGUGAAACAGUCUCGCACUGAUACCUUCUUAUCACAUUUCCGGCAGAAGGGUUCCGGUGUGCAAGAUUGGUUUUCAGCUUGGCCGGAAUGGCUGGGCGGCUCGUCUAAGAGGAAAAUCGACAAGCGGGAGCGUGCACUCUGGGAAUGA